UAAUAUAUUUUCGGAAAAUUAUAUUACUUCAUAAGUAGCACUCUGUGCCGAUACUCAUAUGUUUUGUGGAACAAGGGCCAGCUGUUCGACCUCAUUCGGAAGUUUUAUUCCAUAACAAAAAUUUCUAUUUAUCGGACUAUUUCGACUAGAUUUACAAAUAUCUAUUUAUUCUGAAUAAAUAUGUCGAAAUUAUUGUCGCUAAAUGUUAAAAUCGGGUCAUUCAAGCAAUUGUUUGCUCCGAUGGGAAUCGGUUCUACAUGUAACAGUCCAGUUCUGAUGGAACGUCGGCAACAGAUCCAUCUCACUGAGAAAUGUAAUGAAAUUCGGAAAUUGGCACGAUUGCGUGUAGUGGACAAUAGUGAAAUUGGUAAACGAGCCAUGGCAGAGGGUAAGCCACCACGAUGCAUUCAUGUAUACAACAAACGUUCCGUGGGUUUUAUCGGUGACAAGGUGCUUGUAGCCAUUAAAGGGCAAAUGAAGAAGGGAAUUUUGGUAGGUCUGAAACAAAAUCAGAAGCCAAAAGUACCGAAAUUCGAUAGCAACAAUAUUGUCUUAAUUGAUGACAAUGGCAGUCCGCUUGGAACACGUAUUCAUGUGCCUGUUCCGACUAUAUUACGCACCAUACUCAAGGAAAAAACACAGGCAAAAGGUGCGGAUUACACAAAGGUGUUGGCGAUAGCUAACAGAUUCGUGUAAAUUAUUGUUUUUGCAAUUAUAUAAUAAAGUUGAAUGUUAAUAAUUAACUAAAA